AUGACAGAAAAGGAGGUGCUGGAGUCCCCCAAGCCCUCCUCCCCAGCAGAGACUCGGCAAAGUGGGCUACAGCGGCUGAAGCAGUUAUUCAGGAAGGAGUCUCCUGGGACGAAGGAGAUGGAGCUUCCCCCAGAGCCCCAGGCCAAUGGGGAGGCAGUGGGAGCUGGGGGUGGGCCCAUCUACUACAUCUAUGAGGAAGAGGAAGAAGAAGAGGAGGAGGAGGAGGAACCACCCCCAGAACCUCCUAAGCUUGUCAAUGAUAAGCCUCACAAAUUCAAAGAUCACUUCUUCAAGAAGCCCAAGUUCUGUGAUGUCUGUGCCCGGAUGAUUGUGCUCAACAACAAAUUUGGGCUUCGCUGUAAGAACUGCAAAACUAACAUCCACGAACACUGUCAGUCCUAUGUGGAGAUGCAAAGAUGCUUCGGCAAGAUCCCCCCUGGUUUUCAUCGGGCCUAUAGCUCCCCACUCUACAGCAACCAGCAGUACGCUUGUGUCAAAGAUCUCUCUGCUGCCAAUCACAAUGAUCCUGUGUUUGAAACCCUGCGCACUGGGGUGAUCAUGGCAAACAAGGAACGGAAGAAGGGACAGGCAGACAAGAAAAAUCCUCUAGCAGCCAUGAUGGAAGAGGAGCCAGAGUCUGCCAGACCAGAGGGAGGCAAACCCCAGGAUGGAAACCCUGAAGGGGAUAAGAAGGCUGAAAAGAAGACACCUGAUGACAAACACAAGCAGCCUGGCUUCCAGCAGUCUCAUUACUUUGUGGCUCUCUAUCGGUUCAAAGCCCUGGAGAAGGACGAUCUGGAUUUCCCGCCUGGAGAGAAGAUCACAGUCAUUGAUGACUCCAAUGAGGAAUGGUGUCGGGGGAAAAUAGGGGAAAAGGUUGGAUUUUUCCCUCCAAACUUCAUCAUUCGUCAACCGGGUCUGAGAGCGCACCGCGUAACGAGAUCCUUCGUGGGAAACCGCGAAAUAGGGCAGAUCACUCUCAAGAAGGACCAGAUAGUGGUGCAGAAGGAGAUGGAAGCCGGCGGCUGGGCCAAGGUUCACACUGGCCGCAAGGUGGGCUGCCUCACCGACUUCCUGGAGGAGAUUUAG